UUUGCAGAUCCCAGAACAGGAGGAUCCCCCCUGUGCCCACCAGCCCCUCGCUGGUUCCAUGUUAGGAGGCUCGAGGCUGCAGUGACCACUAAGCUCCCACUGCAGCUCUGUGGUUGCCGGUGGCCCCAGGGCUCCAUCCUGGGCAGGAGGCCCCUGUCUAUCCCAGCCUGCUUUGGAGGAUGUCCAGCCUCUCUCUUGGCAGGUGUCCUCCUCCCAGGGUUCCUGACCCCGCCCCUAGACAGCCACCCCUUCCCAGACUCCACUCGGCCGGACCCUCCAAGCCUGCUUCCGCAAUGGGUAAUGAGGAGCUGUGGGCCCAGCCAGCCUUGGAGAUGCCGAAAAGACGGGACAUCCUCGCGAUCGUCCUCAUCGUGCUGCCCUGGACGCUGCUCAUCACCGUCUGGCACCAGAGCACCAUCGCGCCCCUGCUGGCUGUGCACAAGGAUGAUGGAGGCGACCCGGGGCGCGGUGGGGCGCCUGGGGCGGAUCCUCACGAGUACUGCAUGUCGGACCGCGACAUCGUGGAGGUGGUGCGCACCGAGUACGUGUACAGCCGGCCGCCGCCCUGGUCUGACACGCUGCCCACCAUCCACGUGGUAACGCCCACCUACAGCCGCCCGGUGCAGAAGGCCGAGCUGACGCGCAUGGCCAACACGCUGCUGCACGUGCCCAACCUGCACUGGCUGGUGGUGGAGGACGCGCCGCGCCGCACGCCGCUCACCGCGCGCCUGCUGCGGGACACGGGCCUCAACUACACGCACCUGCACGUGGAGACACCGCGCAACUACAAGCUGCGCGGCGACACCCACGACCCGCGCAUCCCGCGCGGCACCAUGCAGCGCAACCUGGCCCUGCGCUGGCUGCGAGAGACCUUCCCGCGCAACGCCAGCCAGCCCGGCGUGGUCUACUUCGCUGAUGACGACAACACCUACAGCCUGGAGCUCUUCGAGGAGAUGCGCAGCACCAGGAGGGUUUCUGUGUGGCCUGUGGCUUUCGUGGGCGGUCUUCGGUACGAGGCCCCUCGGGUGAACGGGGCAGGGAAGGUGGUCGGCUGGAAGACUGUGUUCGACCCCCACCGGCCCUUUGCAAUAGACAUGGCUGGGUUUGCCGUCAACCUGCGGCUUAUUCUGCAGCGCAGCCAGGCCUACUUUAAGCUGCGUGGUGUGAAGGGGGGCUACCAGGAGAGCAGCCUCCUCCGGGAACUUGUCACCCUCAGUGACCUGGAGCCCAAGGCAGCCAACUGCACCAAGAUCCUGGUCUGGCACACGCGGACAGAGAAGCCAGUGCUGGUGAAUGAGGGGAAGAAAGGUUUUACGGACCCCAGCGUGGAGGUCUGAGCCUCGGGACCAGGACCUCCAUCCCUGCUCCUGUCUGUGGCCUUUCACCCUUCCCCCCACAGCUGACAGUCUCUCCAAGGCGAGCUCCUAAGGAAUCAUCACCACUCUCUUUUCUAUUCUGAGAGCCCAGCCCGGUGCCAGGACAAAGGACAGAAAACUUAAAGCACAGAAACCCGAGGCCUGUUGUUCUCUCCCAUCCAACAAGACCAAGGGCCCGAGAGGCCCCGAGGGCUGGGAGUCUGCACACGAAGCCAGGCCAGCCAGAGAGCCAGCGUCCCAGCACUCCUCCCGAAGAAGCUUCUGGCACAGACCCAGCCCACAAGAGCAGACACUGCACGUGCCACCCUGGAAGGAUGCCUCAGUCGAGAGCGGGUAGAGACCCAGGUCAACCCCACAGGACAGCCAGCCAGGGAUUCGGAAGAACUAGAGCACCAUGAUCUUCAGGCCCCUCGGCCCCCCUCUUCCUACGAGCUACCCCCAAAUCCCAUGUGCUCUCUGCUCUCCCUGGUUCAUGUUUACAGAACAUGAGGCUGUCUUGGAUCCCAACAGGCAACUCCUUGCACGGGGGUGCCUGGGGCUGCAGACAGACGCCCUGUACCUCAGAGAGCUGCAGUGGGAGUGGAACUGCCCUCUGGCCCCACAUCCCCCUCCCCACAAGCCUUCUCCUCCCACCCCAGGGAAGGGGUGGGCACUUGAGCCAGCACAGGCCCCGGACUGGACCUGGACUAAGAAACCCAGAGGCCCAUGAGCCACAACACUGCCUCCUGCCACCCCCUGGGUCCCAGCAUCCCUCGCCUGGGCCACAUUUGUUCUAAAUCAGACCAGGGAUGGCUGGAAAAGCCCCCUGUCCUGAGGUCCCACAGGGCAACACACUUGGGGCUCCGGCCACCAGUGGUAGGGAUGGGGCAGGGAGGUGACCACAAGGAGGGAGGGUGGGGAACUCCACGCCGCUCGUCCUGCUCCUUUUUUUUU